GUCAUUGUAGCCAAUUUCCCAUCUACCGAAUGGUUGACCACCACCGCAAUGGCCCUGCAGAGGCCCUGCAGAGACUGUCGCGUUAUCAUUCGGGGUGCCUUCUCAAGAUGACACCAUGCAAUGACAUAGCAAUAUAGCAGUGCUUCUAAAAAGUCUGACACCACCCUUCACUAACCAUCCCAAUCUUUCUUAUACACUACUAGGUCAAUAACUUUGAGCACCCGAGAUACUCACCUCUAUUCCCAAUACUCCUGCCCUAGCUGUAUCAGACGACACCGUUAGAGACUUCCGUUGCACCUGCCGCCCUGUCAAAACCAAGAUCUAUCUAUCUACCGCACUCGGAAAUUUCUAACUUCCCCAGUUCGUCCUUAAUUCACUUUCUCCCAAACAGCCUCCCCAUCGAGAGCUGCCGUUACAAUCAAGUAAACCUCUUCCCUCACCUCCACAUCAUUGCCAUCAUGUCAGCCCUCGACCCUUCAGGCCCAUCCCAGCCAGGGCAGCAAACGGGACUAAACCAAGCCAACAACCCAGCAAGCAAGACAUCCGCAGAAGAGAUCAAAUCACAAGACACAAGUGCAACGUCGUCACGAACCAUCGACCACCGAUCAACGCACGAUGUCCCAUCAUCUCACGGGGAAGCAGCCCAGCCGUCGGCAUUGGGCGCUGGCGACACGGGCCCACUCAAGGAAAAAUCAAUCCCUGAAUCCGACCGACAGGGCUACUCGACCGGAGAUAGCAAUCUUGAAGGCGAACAGAUGCGCGCUCCCGGCGAGGGUGAGGUCGUUCAGGCGGUCCGUCGUGGUGGUGGCGGUGGGCAUCAGGAUGCGGACUCGUUGACGGAGAAUCUGGGUAGCAAGACUGAAGAACAUGCGCAAGAGUUGCAUAAGAUGGGUGAGAAGACGGGAAAGGAGCUUGAAGAAGAACAGGAGAACGAGGAUUGGACCGGCAAGAAAGCGGAUAUUGCUCAGGCUUUGGGGCAAGAUGAUCAGGCUCGUCCGGGCGUUGUUCUUGCUGCUGAGGACUGAGUCUGUAGGUUACAUAGGGAUGGGUGAGCGGGUCGUUGAGUUUGCGAUGUAUUUCUAGGAAGCAGGGCAACAGAUGAUCAACUCAGCGGAGCUAUACACAUACAGAAAG